AUGCACAUGGCACUGUACAGCGUGUACCUGCCAACCAGGAUUCCUGGAGACCGUCCCCCUUUCCUGUUGACAGUGAAAUACGCAGCACGAGGCAGCACUGGGGUCACCCAGAUUGCGUUUGGAGUCCUGGGAUUUCUUGCAGUCCUCUAUGCCUUGUUGGAGACCAGCAGCUGGGCCCGGAGAUCUCAACUUCCAAAUAUAAAUUUUAUGAUCAUACUGAAGUUCCUUGCCUACUUUGCUGGAUCUCUGGCAAAUGUCUUUUUCAUGGUCACUCUGGGAAUUGGCAUUUAUUGGCUCAUCGUUUUCAAGGGGCAACAGUUUUCUGCAGUUGAAGUGACGCUUCCCGCUGCUGGUGGCCAAAUAGAAACCAACUUUAUUAUCUACUUGUUGUGUGCUCUCGUGUUGAAGAGCUUGGACCUCAUACAUAUGCUGAUAACCCAGCUAACAGUCUCCAUCUUCCUGAUAGACUGGGAGAAGCCAAAAGAGAAGCGAACACUGAAGCCAUCUACAGGAGAUCAGGGGGCUGCUUCCUCCGCAAGCGCCUGGAGAACUUUUCUGAUAGCUAAUGAGUGGAACGAGAUCCAGACCCACAGGAAAGUGAAUCCUUCGCUUCAGUUGUUUGCUGUCUUGCUGCUUUUGGAGGUGGUUGGACUAAAGAACCUCGCGGCAAGAGACCUGAAUGUGAAUCUGUACCCAGGACCAAAUGCCUACCAUGCUCCAUGGAGCCUGAUCCUUCGUUUUGGGAUUGCUGCUUCAGUUUGGCUGGCAGUGGGGAUUGUACAGGUGGUGUUUUCUGUCGUGCUAUAUGAACGGUUUGUGGAAGACAAGAUUCACCAGUUCGUUGAUCUUUGUUCUUUGAGCAAUGUGUCUGUGUUCAUCUUGAUGCACAGAUGUUACGGUUUCUACAUACACGGGAGAAGUGUCCAUGGUCGUGCAGAUGUGGGCAUGGAAACCAUGCACUCCUACCUUAGGAAGGAGGAGGAAAACCUUUGUCCUCUUAGAGGAUUGGUGGCCAACUCUGACAUACAAACUUUUGAGGUGCUUCUCACUGACCGGAUGCGGGCGCUCUAUGACCGAAUAAACCUGUCUUUAAUGGAGAAUCCGAGAGGAAUCCGUGCCCGGGCUGACCUUCACGAACUAAGACUGAAAAGCUACUAUGCCUUGAAUCGCUUCCUGGUCUCCUUCUUUGAACACAGGAACCAAGAUAUGGACUAUGUGGUGAAGGACAAGUUUUUCCUGGAACGGAUCAUGGACAUAGAAUUCCAGGGGCCGGGGGACCUGUCAAUUCUCUACAACGAUGAUGGUGCGUUAUUUAGCAGAACUCUCUUCUACAAUCAUGAGCUUCUCCUGCUCCUCUUUGAAACACUUGUCUUCUCUGCUGUGGAUUUGGGGGCUCAGGAUUUCGUGUUGGCGACAAUCGUGACCUUUGUCGUGCAAAAGCUUGUGAGAAUGCUGCGCAACGCACUCGGGAGGAGGAACCUGGCUGAUAAAACCUUGGUGGAGAAGCAAUUCCUGAUCUAGAGCUGAAUGACGGCCAGCUGCACUUGGAGCUACAAGCCCUGCUCGUAGGGUUGCUGCCACCGGUUGCCGCAGUGAAGAAUCUGGGAACUUGUAUCUUUUAGCCCUCGGACUGUGGCGUCUGCAUCUGUUACCCAAGCAAGAACUUCGCCUUGGAACCUGUUCUUUUCCCUCCACAGCACCAAUGAGGAGUGACAGCAAGACUUAGGAAGCUGUCUUAUACUGAGUCAGGCCUUUGAUUCAUCUUGCCCAGUAUUGCUGACACUGAUGGGCAGCAAUUCUCCGGGAUUUCAGUCAGGAUUCUUUCCUUGUCUUACCAGAAGAAGCCAAGGAUUGAACCUGGGACCUUCUGCACGCAAAGCACGGCCUCUACCACUGAGCUACGGCCGCUCACCCACGUUGCAUUCCUGCUUUAUGGCUUCCUGGAAGACAUGGCUUGAGCAUCCCUUGCAUUACAAGCUAGGAUCAUAGAAUAGUAGAGUCGGAAGGGGCCUCUAAGGCCAUCAAGUCCAACCCCCUGCUCAAUGCAGGAAUCCACCCUAUAAUGCCUAUCAUUCUUCACCAUUGGUUAUGCUGGCCAGGACUAAUGGAAGCCAAAUCAUCCCGAGGGCCACCAGUUGCCCACUCCUGAUGUAGCAGAUAGAGUAUUCGACAUAGGCCAGCAUUCAAACCACGUUCUGUCACAGUGCUCAUAGGGGGACCUCCGGCAUGUGACUGUCUUUCAGCCUACCCUACCUCAUAGGGUUUGUUGCGAUGAUAAAAUGUGAUGGGGGUGCCAUGGACCCUACCCUGAUUUCCUUGGAGAAGAAGCAAGAUACAAAAAUAAUUAAAACAAAACAAAAAAAACAAGGUCCUACAACUUUUUGCAAAACUGUCUUCUCCAACUAUCUUAUAGAAGACUUAGUGGCUAGUUCCGAUUGUGGGGGUCUUUCCCCUUUUAAUAUAAGAUUA